AAGUACUUCGAGCCAUCUCAGGAGAGGUCGACGCACGAGCGGGCGAUGGCGAGGUUGCGGGCGCCAGCAUGGGUGUGGGCGGUGGCGGCCUGCACCCUCAUGGGCGUGGCGGCGGCGGAUUCGAGAGCCAAGCUGGUGGAGAACGGCUACGAGGGCGUGGUCGUGGGCGUGUCUCAAGAGGUCGACGAGUCUCUUGGCGCUGCUAUCGUCACCUCAAUCAAGGAUAUGUUCAACGAAGCCUCGAGACGCCUCUUCGCCGCCACUCGAGGGAGAGCCUACUUCAGGAGCGUCAAGGUCCUGAUCCCGAAGUCCUGGUCUUUCACCGAUGUCAACGAGACGGCUCUGAGCGAGAACUUCGAGGACAGUGAUGUUCGCAUCGACAUAGCGAACAGCGUGUAUAAAAACCAGCCAUACACGCAGCAGACCGGCGCAUGCGGUACACCUGGCCAGUACAUUCAUCUCACGCCUGAGUACCUCACCGACAGAGCCCAGGCUGCCUGGUGGGGGCCGAGAGGCAAGGCGUUCCUGAUGGAGUGGGCAAAGCUGCGCUGGGGCGUGUUCGACGAGCUGGGCUACCCGGGCGACGAGAGCUUCCCGCUGUUCUACUCGAACUCCGCCGACGGGGGCACCGUGUACCCGACGUACUGCGCCGACGUGCUCGUUGAAGGGCGCAUGAUCGACAAGGGCGGCAGGAGCGCCUGUGGCUUGAACGCGAUGGGGGAUCCGGACGAGAGCUGCCGAUUCCUGCCCUACCGAGACCAGAUCGCUGCCUCGUCGCUCAUGUCGUAUCCCUUCAUUUUCAGCGACACUAUCGUGGACUUCUGCGACGAGGCGAGCAGCGACCGGCCGCACAACGCCCACGCGCCCACGAAGCAGAACCUCUUCUGUCGAGGGAAAUCGGUCUGGGAAGUCAUGCGCGAACAUUCCGAUUUUGCGGACGGCAACAACCCCCCGACGGAACGCUACGUCGACCCCGAGAUCACGCUGGUGCAGCACGUGGACGCCAACUACGCCCUGGUCCUCGACUACUCCGGAAGUAUGAACGACCACUACCGCAUCCUCAAGCUGCAGAAGACGGCGCGGCGCUGGUUGCUGCACGAGGUCGCGGACGGGAGCGAAGUCGCCAUCGUCAAGUUUUCCAAACACGCCAAGUUGGUGCACGGCCUCUCCCGUAUUGAAGGUGCAGAAUCACGCAGAGCUCUGGCAGAAUCCCUAGACGUGUCCGCAGACGGGGGAACCAGCAUCGGCGCCGGACUCUACGCGGCCGUCAAGAUGAUUUUGAAAGGCAAGAAAAACCCGGUCAUUCUCCUGAUCACAGACGGCGAGGAGAAUGAGAACCCGCGGAUUGACCACAUCAUUAACCACGUCAUCGACUCGGGAGUGCGAGUCGUCACGGUCGCCUUCGGCGAGGAGGCCGACCCCAAGCUGGAGCGCGUCGCACAGGUCACGGGAGGCAAGACGUUCACCGUGAACGACAUCGACGAAGGACACAUGCUCGAGGACGCCUUCCACGGGGCGCUCACUUACCAGCCUCCGCCCUCGCGCCAGAAUGCUACAGUGACGAUCGACGAGAAGGUAUACAGAGGGUCGGGAGACACAGCCAGCGAGACCUUCCUGGUGGACUUCACCGUCGGCAGGAACCUGGUGUUCCGGCUCGACACAGACGACAGGGCGCACGUGACAUCAUCUCCGCACCUGAUCCGUCCCUCCGGGGGCAUCAUCGGGGGGGCGGAGUUCGAUCCCUCCACCUUCGUGUGGACGAUCAACGUGCCGAUGGCUGAGCAAGGAGAAUGGAAAUGGCAGGUCGGAGUGUCAGGCAACCCCGAAAAGUUCGUGAGAGUAAAAAUCACGGCACAAACUCGGGACCCCGAUAUUCACCCCAUCACCACUAAAGCCUGGAUGAGCAGCGGUGCGCAUGACGUCAAUGCUACCACCGACAGGGUUAUCAUAUACGCUGAGGUGAAACAAGGAAAUAACCCAGUAGUCAAUGCGCGGGUUAUUGCCUUGGUAACGCCGCCGAACGAGUCAGACAGAGGCGAGGUCUACGAGCUCUUGGACAACGGCCAGGGCGCGGACAUCCAGGCGGGGGACGGAAUCUACUCUCGCUACAUGACGCGCUACACCACGACGGGCAGGUACAGCGUCAAGGCUCAGGUAACCGACGGAGGCACGGCUGUUAUCAACAGAGGCUUCCUCACGGCCCCAGCUCAGCGAACGCGUCGUGAUAUCAGGGAGACUAUCGAAGAGAGACCUCCGUACUGCUGCGGAAACAUAAUCCCACUUGACCAGGAAAAUGCUUUCAAUACCGGGACAUUCAACAGAAUCUCUGUCGCUGGAUCUGUCAAGAUCAUAGAAAUCCCCGAGGGUGACUCGCAGCCGCCCUCGCCCGUCCGCGACCUCAAGGUGUUACUCGGCUGCUGCAGCGGCCUUGAUGAUUCUUCCCACAACCUGAUUCUUACCUGGACGGCGCCCGGGGAUGAUUUAGAUGACGGCACAGUCUCGAGUUACGUGGUUCGUGUGAGCACCAGUGCAUCUGAUUUACAAGAAGACGCUUUUAAUGACGCCCCUAAUGACACCCUCGUGAACAUCUCUGCCAUGGACGGCAUACUUGUCAAAGCUGGCGAAAAGGUGACAGUCAAUGUGUCCCUCGACCUAGACCUUCGCCAGUCAAAUUAUUUUGCGCUGCGGGCCAUCGACGAUGCUGGAUUAACAAGUAUGGUCUCCAAUAUUGACAUCCUUGGGUCAGAGCUUUUGGUGGCAGUGCCAGCCGUGUUGGUCAUCCCAGUCUGGGCCAUCGUGCUGAUUGCUGCCGUCCUCUUACUGCUGGUUGUCGCUUCGUGCGUCGUGCUUUCGUCGCGGAACACUGGCAAAUAUGACUGUGUCGAAAGCUGAGAUAUGCCAAAGAGAGGAUGUGGUCGUGCGUUUUAUUUCAUGUGAUUUUGCAUUGCAUGGUUUUAGCCAGUGAAUCUUCUCGACAAAUAUGAUAGCUUAAAGUUAUCUUAAAAUGUAUAGACUGUAAUUUGACAUGUGCUUUUAACCCUGUGGUAAUUCAGGAGGCCUUCAUGAAUUCAUGCUUCAUUUUCAAGCAUUUGUGUUGGCACUGUAUCAUACAUGCAUAAAGAUAUGGCUAUCCCAUACAUAUAUUGUAGUAGUUAUACUAUACUGUAUAUAACAAUUAUAGUUAGAAAGUAACAUAGAUCUAAUGUAACUUAAUUCACUUUACUGAUGCCACAGAACCAUUAAGGUUCUCUGUAUAUUAAACAGUUGCUUUUGGAAAAGUUCUUUCAACCUGUCUGAUUUACUUAUUUGCAUUUCACAGAGUGCUGCGUUCUUACAAUCCGAUGUGCUAAUAUGUGUACCUGAGAAAAAUGGCAGAGGGGUUAAGUUCUAACGGAAAGCAAGAUAGAUAGAAUUAUAUAGAAAUAUGUUCACUGCAGCAGUAAAAGUCACUGGUGGUUUUACAUUGCCAAGAAAGUUUCGUAAUCAAACCUCAUUAAUAAUGUAAUAAGAAGUUAAACUCGAAAUCUUUUGUGUGUAUACGGAUAUUUAACAACCAGUUACCAGAACAAGCAGCAAGAAAUCAGAGAAGAGAAAGAUCAUAAUGAAAUCCUUCAAAAACAACAACAGUACUCUAAUUCAGACAGAUCCUGUAAUAAUUAUGGUGCUUCCCUUCUGCUUUUAUGCUGAUUACAAAACAGAAUUGGGUGACGCAGAACGUACAUAGUGUCAGAUGUACAUUACUUAACAUUCUCCUUAGGCAACUUCCACUAUACUUAUGUGACCGUUUUUCUUGCUUAUUUUUUUUUCAUCUCUAAAUAUCAUUCGUUCACUCUUAUCUCUCGUCCAACUAAUUCUCCUUGUUUCAUAUAAUCUCUUUUCUCAUAUACUUUUUUUUCCAUUUCAUUUUCUUUUCUCUUGUCGCGGAAUUUGCUAUUUAAUUCCUCAAAUGUCAUCCAAAAUAUGAGAUAACAGGAUUAGAUCGGUCUUGUCUCGGGUCGUGUAUCCUACUUAUUGUAUGGAAGAUAUUAUGUUCUAAUAAAACAGACAUGAAAAUC